AGGUUUCUGCCUUGGUCCUCAGGUGCGGAGGGUGUUCCUCCAGUGGUCCAGCCUCCACUGAAGAAUCGUGCAAGAGUCCCAGAAGAGCGGAGCGCGGACACCGCGAGCCAUGACCCCUCCGGGGCUGCAAGCGCCGCUUUCGCUGCUCUUGUUGUUCCUGCUGGGCGGCAGCCUGCUCGCGGCCGCCGGCAGGGACAAGGGGGCUGCCGGUGGCCCGGCGGGUGGCUCCUCGGGACGCUUCGUCGGCCCCGAGCAGCACGCAUGCACCUGGCAGCUCCGGCGGCCAGCUCCGGGGGCCUCGGCGGGCAGCGAGCUCACGCUGCGCUGCCAGAGCCCGGACGGGGCGCUCUUGGAGUGCGCCUACCGUGGGGAGCCCGAGCGCUGCGCUGCCUACGCGGCCCGCGGCGCGCAUUACUGGAAGCAAGUGCUGGGCGCUCUGCGCAAGAAGCAGCAGCCAUGCCAGGACCCCGCGCCGCUGCGGGCCCGCCUGUGCGCCGGCAGGAAAGGCAACGGCGCCGAGUUGCACCUCGUGCCUCGCGGUGCGUCCCUACCCGUAGGUCCUACUGCCGCGGGCGAUUCCGAGGUGCCCAGACCUCGGCCCAGGAACCGGGGACGACCCCGCGUUUCCGCCCACGUUCCAGCCGCAGGGCUCCCUCCCCCGAGCGCGCGGUCCCCAGAAAAGCUCCCUGAGAGGAAGAGCAAGAAGAAGGCAGCCUCGGAGCCAAACAGCGAACGACCCCUGGGGACCGGGCCCGACCCGGACGGGCUGCUGGCGAACUCGGAGCUCACGGAGACCUACUGUGCCGAGAAGUGGCACUCGCUCUGCAACUUCUUUGUCAACUUCUGGAACGGCUGAGGCUGCGGGUCUCGGGAGGGGCCAGGGGAAGGGUGCGCGGGAAGGGUGCGGGUUGGGGGAGGUCCGGUGCGGCAGGGGAGGGCGUAGCGAGGGACACCUGGAGUGAAAAAACAAGGAGGAGGCCAAGUACCCUGGUCCGGUCCCGGGUGUGGAGCCUCUCCGGG